CUAAGCAACUAAAUGGUUUGAAUAAUAAGCUUGUCUUCCAAAUUACUUGCGAACGAAACUCUCAUGCCGAUCUUAAUGCCAAGCAGUUAAAAGAAAUAGAAUCGCUAAGAUCUAUGGUUAAAUCACUGGAAAGCAUAAUAUCUUCGAUGCAAAAAGCUUCAUCUUUGAAGGAUUCUGAUAUCGCCUCUCUUGAGACAAAAAUAAAUGAACUGGAGAUUGAGUUAGAACAAAUUACGCAAAAAGUUUUAUUAAAGGAUUCUGAUACUAACCAGUUGAGUAGCAAUCCCUCUCUUGAGAUUAAAGCAAAGGAAUUGGAAAAUGAAUUGGAGAAAGUUACGCAAAAUUCAUCAUUUAAGGAUGG